AUGAUUAUAUGCAAAGAAAAUGAAGAAAUUUCCAUGUCUGACGAAGAUAAUAGGCCAAACAUUUUAAAAAAAAAAGAACCUAAUAAAGUAGAUAAAAAAUAUUUGUGGCCACAUGGUGUAACGCCACCAUUGAAAAAUGUACGAAAACGGAGAUUUCGUAAAACCCUUAUAAAAGAAUCUACUGACGCUCAAGAAAUUGAAAAAGAGGUUAAAUAUCUUUUAAAAAGUGAUAGUGAAGCUCUUCGUGUAAAAUGGGAACUAGUAUCCGAAACAGAGGUUCAAAGUAAUAGAAAAAGUAAAGAAGAACCUUUUAUGCAAGGUGAAAUGUAUAAUGAUCUAAAGCAAGACAUUGCUGAAAGAGACAUUUUUGGUGAAGCUCUAAGUGAUUCAGAUGAAGAAGUUGGUAAUAUAAGUAUAAUGGAUAUGGAUGAUGAUAUGAGUAAUGACAAUAGCUGUUUGUCUGAUACUAAUUCAUUUAUGGAAGAAAAACCUUCGAUUUCUGGGAACAAGAACCUUAUUACAGAGUUUACUAAAGAAAUGUUUAUUUCUGAUGAUGAUUCCAACUAUGGAAUAAAGAAGGAAGGAGGAAUAAGUUCCAAAUUUGAUGAAAGUAUGGGUUAUAGAUAUGAUAAAGUUGUGGAUUUUAAGGCUGAAUUAGAACUUAGUGAUGAUAAUGAACUUAGUGAUACACCUGUUUUAUCAACAUUAGAAGCUGGAAAUGUGUCUGCUAAUGACAUAAAACAUAAAAUUGAUCAGUUGCAACAAGAAAUUGAAGUACUUAAAGAACGUAAAUCACAACAAGAUUGUGAAAUUGCAAAUAUUGAAAAUAUAAAUUUAAGAGAACGUUUUAUACAUGUAUCUAAUAAUUUGUUUACUGAGCAACUAGAAAAAGAACAACAGAUUCGUGAACUUCAAUCAUUUCAUCUUUAA